AUGUCUUCUACUUACAACUGCACCGGCUGUGGCAUCGUCCUGUCCACCACCCAAGCCCAGAGCGACUGCCUCAAUUGUGUUGCCAAAAACGUUGUGGAGAAUCACUUGCUCCCCCGCAUCAUGGAAUACGACGAGCGUGUUCAAAAUGUCUUUGGGGACGACAGUGGCUUUCAUGAGAGCCCCUACACGACCUCGUCGGCUGGCCAGCAUGGCAGGUCCGCUUCCGAACCUGGCCCUGGCCAUCGAUACCGAUACAAUGUCAUGAUUCUCAUCACCAGGCAGCCAACUGAGAACUGGUUGAGAAGAAUGUGGAACCAUCAGCAACUCCGUACUCUGGAUGCUCCACGCCGACAAUAG